AUGGCAUUGGAGGGGUGCGUGGGCUCACUGCGCAGUAGCAUGCAAUUGCUCGAUUCAUCUAUCAACAUACUAGAUCAAGGUGUGAGCGACUUUCCUCGACUAGCCAAAGUACUACAGACAACGCGGCACUUUGAACUCAUCUCCGAGUCAGACCUCCAGACCGCACAAUCAGCACUCCUCUCAGAAAUCCGCCCUGAAGUCGACAACCUCCUCAAGCGCGUUGAGAAUUACUUGGACAAACUGGAACGCCGUGAACAAUCCCUUAUAGCCAAGUGCGAUCUGAACGAGGGCAGACUUGGACGUGACAACAAUGGGGGAUCGGGUUCUCGAGCGGCAAGUAGGACCGCACAGAGGAGUGGGGGCAAGACCAUCAGCGCGCAGCAGGAACUGAGGAUGAAGACAUUGAGGGCAAAGAAGGACAGGCUUAGCUAUGCCGUGGAGACGCUGGAGUUGCAAGCGAAGCAGAGAGAGAGGCAGUUACGGAUGAGCAUGGCCGCACCACAACAGUUCUAUGACGAUUGA